GAAUUCCGCUUCCUAAAUUUCAAUGCUAGCCAUCAUCCAUUCCUGUUUAUAAGGUAAGUAGCUUAGUAGCAAUGUCGAGACAAUCCACACAGGAUGCACAUAUUCGAAAAGCGACUAAGCAAUCGCAGUUCUGAACAGCAAUGGUAAGAUUCAAACAACCAUUACAAAUGUAUUUAUUUAUUUAUUUGAACACAUAAAUAUCGGUACAAGGGGCAUCGAAUGUAUAUGCGCCACACAAGUCACUUGAUUUGUGUGUAGGCUGUGUUACUACCCGGGUGCCCAGACCGAAGCACAGUCAAUACAAAUGAAUAAUCAUAGUAAUUGCUUUAAGUAGUAUUGCAUAUUGAGUACAAUAUGAUAUUCUCAGUCUUUUAUUAGUUGUAAGUGACUAUUAUUUCUCGAAUUAGUAGGAUUCAUUGCAAAUAAAAACAUUUCGAUAACAAUAUAAUAAGUUAGGACGAAUUCUAACAUUUUGAUGAAAUACUUAUUAAUAAUUUAUUUAAAAGCAAUGCUGAAUGCUAGAGAAAAAAAUCUCAUUCCGUCCAAAUGUACACCUAAGAACAGCUAUUUUCUACCCGAGCUUCACGGUUCAAUAGGCUAACCACUGUCAUUAUAACAGUUACUUCCUUUUAAUCAUCUAACUUCUUUUUUCAAUAUUUGUUCCAGUUAGCCAAUGCAAAUGGUGCAUGUAUGAUUGCGCAUAGUUUUGUCACAGUAAUUAUGGAUGAAUUGACUGAAGAUUCACAUCUUAAAGGGAAUCUGACAGCUAGGAUUAGUCAUUUGAAAUCAGAAUAUGAAAAAGUAGCUGAACAAUGGAUAGCUUAUGCUGAAGAAACCGUAUUCAUGGAUUUAAAUCGUGUACUAAGCGUGAUUAUGACAUCUCAAUGGCUACGCCCGGAUGACAUGACAACACAAUAUCUGGUUGGUACAUUAGCCGAUUAUGAUGAAACAUUGAAGCAUACAAGACAAAAUUUAUAUGAUAAAUUAGCUGAAAAAUUGGCUGAACGGAUGUUAAUUGAAUACUUGAAAGCAUUAAUAAGCCGACGAAGUCCGCUUUCUACAGAAGCUGAUAGAAAAAAAGCUGGUGAGAAAAUCACACGAGAUGGACAUGAUUUAAAGAAUUAUUUUGAAGAGAAAAUGAAAGUGAAAAGUGAAGUAAUUGUGGCAUACGACGCUUUAACAACUAUCGGUCAGUUGUUCCUUACAACUGAUACAUCAAUGUUACCCUUGGAUAUUGCUAAUUUGAAACGUCAAUUUCCUGAUGUUCGUUCCGAUCAAGUUUAUGCCUUGCUUGUUGCUCGUGGAGAUGUUACAUCUGACAAUGCUAAAGGAAAGUAUUCAAUUUUUCUUGGGGGUUGUUUUUAUUUUAGAUUCGAUUGUAGUUGGCUGCUUCUCACUGUGGCUAAAUGGCAUUUUAUCGAGGUUGUAUGGCGAAUAACUGUGGAACCCAAUAGACGCGUUUCACCUCACUCGAGAUUCAUCAGCUGGAUGUCCCUGCAUCUCUCAGUGUUGAUGUUCACAUGGAGAUUUGAACUCAUCACCUCUCAGCUUAAGUACCAUCAUUUUAUCCACUGAGUUGCUGAUUCCGAUUUCUUACCAGGCCUCUCUAAUAGGAUAAAACGCACCUCCUGCAUCCUAUCUUUACCCAUUAUCCAACCUUAAUAAAAGCCUGUGACUAAAUGGCAGUAUUGGGAAAAUCCGUUUACGAUGCACAUAUACCAAUAAAGACUAAACAGACAAUUAUUAACAUUGAUAACGGGAGAAGGAAAACCUGUACAAGUUAGAUGAUUAGUCAGGCUUACCGACUUGUAUAGCUCAAUCUUCAAAAUAUCAGGUAUUAAGAAUCACAGUAUGUCCAAAGUCAUUUAAGAUUGAUUUUCAGUUUUAUUUUCAUUAACCAAAUAAUUCUUUAUUUUUCUGGGACUUAAUAUUCUGAGUACAAUACGCUAUUGAAAAUAAUAUCCUCCUAGAAAAACUCAUUAAUAUUCCGAGAAUAUUCUUCAAACUGGUAACACAAUUUCAAAGCUUUGUGGUAGUUUAAACAGCUUUAUUUAGUUUCUCGUUAGAUUUUGAAUUGUGUUGCCAUCGUAUCCCAAGUGUCUUGGAUAAUGGCUUCCAUUUCUUGCGAUUCACAAAAGUUCAGCUAAUUCUAAGGUUACUCACUCAACAAUCGCAACGGGAACGAGAAUAACUCUACCUGAUACUACUCCAUCAUUCGGAACUUCUAGAUACAACUGAAGUGUUCUGCAAAGUUACAAUACAGUUGCCAAGUAACCGACAGCUUCUAAUCUUUAUUAAUAUAGCGAAAGUUUCCACUGAUGCAAUACAACUCUCACGAACCAACAAAACGAUACGAUGGCUACCCAACAUGCGUCUAAACUCUCAAGUUAUCGAUGGUGAAACUACGCAACCGAAAACGGAGACUGAGUGCUUUAUUCUUAGCCUUAUUGUGCAUUGCGAAGAGGGUAGGGUUAUAGAAAAGAAACAACAAAAUCAGGCAAGCUACAGGCACAACCACAACGUAAUGUGCAACUACUCACUCCAAUGCUGUCUACUUGACAAAUUGAUCCAAAAUCAUGAUGCACUCCUUAUUGCUAGCUGCAUUUUCCUGGGAUUCAUUAGAUGACAAUCGGCUACGGCUAAGAAUUAGUUUCUACACGUUUCUUCCACUUUUAGCUUAUCUAACUUCGUGGUUAGACUCUUAUUACUUUGCAAUCGUAUGUGAGUACUAUCAUAACCAAUUUUCGUUUCGAAAACCUCUGAGCUUCAGUAAUGUUGCAUUCGAUUGUUCAAUAGCUUGACCGCUUUUGUCAGGCAUUUCCUGGAUACUCUGACAGGUGGGGUGAGUUCGCAUGUUUAUCCAUACUCGGAAGGUUCGGCCUUCCUAAUAUCAAUUGAUAGUCAGUGAGUACCGAUAAGACGAAGAUUCCGUACUAAACCACUAAUGCUCCCGAUUCCCGGUUAAAACCCAGUGUUGAGUAGUAGUAAUAAUUCUUUUCUGAAAGUCAGUACAGAAUACACACCAGUUUACAGGCAUCAUCAGGUUGAUACAAAUUGUUAGUUAAGACUCAAUUCACUUAAUCUGAAUAAACAUGGAUUCCAAGUAACUUCCAGGACGAAUUUAAAUUAGUGAGUAUUGAACAAUGAGAGCUGUGGGGAAUGUAAAUAAGUAAAUCAGUAUUAAUACUUUUUACUCCGUAAUGCAACGUGGUGUAGGCUACCAGUUGAAAUUCGGAGAACAGGUACUAUGAACCACUUCACUCGCGAUAUAAAUGGACUCCUAAGUGACUAUAGGACACUGCUUACGCCACCUGUGUACUUGGACUUUAUUUCUUCUGUAAUUUUAUAACGCAAAAAUAUAUUUACGUACUUACUAUUAUACUUAAAUAAGUCUACCAAUCACUUUUUAAGUACUUGUCUUGUGGUCGCUUUAGAAAUUAUCUGACUAUAUUCGAUACCUGACACAGAGUGUAAUCCAUCAAUAUCAGAAAGAUGUUCUAUUUAAAUAGACAAAGGUAUACUGUGCAAUACAGUAUAAUAAAUAUAUAGAGCGAUCUACGAAAACUGUAUAUAGUUCUCUGGUCACUUCUUGUUUGGCAAUUUUUCUGUUGUCGAUAGAUAUGUGUCAUAACUUAAAAGAAACCUAUUCACAGCAUAAUAUUAAAUAUAACGAUAGGUAGAGACCGUAUUUCAGUCUACUAAAACCGUGGUAAUAAAUUAAGCGGACCCUUUUGUUUUGGUGCUUGCCUUGUUCUCAUUUUACAGUAUCGUUUUCUUGUUCGUUGGUCAAAUAUUGUCCUUUAAAAUAAAUAUUUCCAGCUUCAGCACUUGUCCGCGCAUUCUAGCAAGUCAUACUUGUAAUUUUUAGGAGUUUAAUCUUCCGCUGAAACUGGCACAUGUAGUUCGUGACUGACGAAUUCCAGAAUUAGGAAACAGGGGAGCAAUAUAUUUAUUACUGUUCAGUAAUCAGUUGUCUCAUUCUUUUAUUUUUUGGUUACUCUUUUUAUUAUGCUUGCUUUCACUUUGCAUUCAAAGUCUUUGUACUCAUUUACUUUUUGGUUGAGUGGAUCAGCCUUAUUUCACAAAUCCUCCGGGGUAAUUGUCACUAUAUUCGGUCGAGUCUCGAACAGAACGAAAAUUGCUGUAUUCUGGUAUCCUAACCCAUGCUCAAAUGUAUUUUCAGUUUAAAAUAUAUGAUGUUAAAUGUUGAAAUUUAUGCCUUUGUGUUAAGUUAUGAAAGCGUUAUUAUAAAUUUAUAUUACUUACAAGUAGUAUCAUUUCACUUCGAGACUAUUGUGUGAACUCGAAUUUUUCAAUUUUAUCUAACCGUGACACUAUGAUUUAUUUUCUUAGCUUUCGGCUGACUCUCAUUACGGAAGGGAAUUGUCACAGAAGCCAUCACCGUUCGCAAUUUUCACACGAUUAGUCGUCGCAAUGGACACACAUUAGUACUCACUUUCUGGCCGGAAAAGAAAUAAUGUAAAAUUGAUCAAUUUCGUGACUUUUUCAAUCCCAUUAUUUUUAUCUUUAUAAUAUAAUCACUGAGUUACUUUCUACAUUUUGUUUAUUUGUCUUUUGCUUCAGAUAAACCCUUAAAUUAAAACAAUCAAAAGUUUAUAUUCUAACCAUUUUUGUUUAAUUGAACGGAAUGUCGAAAGUCACAUCUGCAGUUCUAUUUUUGUACCAUGUCAUCAGUAGAUCUAACAUAAUAAUGUAAGUAUUAAGUGCGACGUGACUUACGGUGAUAAAUUAUUAAAUUGAUUUGACAUACAUGGCCCUCAUACCAGCAGAGGGGACGAGUUUAUUUGCAUAACGAUACAGUAUACACCACGAAAACUGGGAUGUUCGAAGCCAUAUUUGCGCAUUGAAAAGAAAAACUGGUUGACUAAAGACGCAACUGGCAUUCUAGUUCCGUUAUAAUUGCGAAUAGCUCACAUUUGAUUAUAGUCGACGUAGACAUCAAGGGCCUGGACUUCAUAUCACAUAGCGUCAGAAACCUCAUGUCGUAAUUCGUGUGAAGUAAGAACUUCCUGUGGAAUUCAAUUGAGAAGCAUUAGGACUAGAAGUAUAGAGCGUUAUGAGUCGAAAUUUGUUGCAAAAAUAACUAGUCGUAGAAAAUAAGUAGUCCUUUAAGUCUUAAAAGUCAAAGCUGACCUCAUUAGUUCUACUGGACGCAUCCUUGGAUAUGCCAAUCGCCUAAGCAUCCGCAUCAGAUCACGAUUGUUUAUCCCAUGCUACUACUAGCCAAACGCAACUCCAUAUAUCGAUAGCUUUCCAAAUAAACCUCCUGAUGAGUCUUGCGAAUUGAACGCUAUAAUCGUUUCCUAAGCUAUUCUGUAACCCCCAAGCUAGAACUAUACAGCGACCUGAACACAAGAGAGAAGACGCAAAGUAUGCGAGAAAAUACUUUACUCCAAGGUUCAUUUUUGUACAGAAAGCACGGGUAUUUGUAGAUGUUAACACUUGUUAAAUCAACAUCAUAUCUUAGGCAAUCCGCUAAAAGACAUGUCAUACUUCUGACCAAUAGUAACACGCCACGUUGACAUUCCAGAAAGCUCCAUCAUGCUCUGAUUGGCUAGGACACUUCGGUUCCUCUAGAGGCUCCGUUGCAGUUGUCCGAAAGCCGAUUCCAUGCCUCCCCCGAAUAAGAUUUCUCCCUAGGGUCUACUUGUAGCGUGACAUCUGGGUUGUGGCGGCGUCCCAUUAUUCUUUUCGUCUGCCUUUUCCGAGGCUUUUUUUCAGUGUCCUUGGGCAUAUGUAGCGUUGGUGUGUCUAAGAUAACUCCAACAGGAAAUUUGGCCGGUUUUUUCGAGUCUGCAUCGUUCUUUUUUCCUUAUGGGUCUGAUUCGUAUGUCGUAUACGUGUCCCAAAAGAUCCUCGGACUCUGUGCAGGACGUUUCCCGAUUUUUGUACAACUUUUCUCGGCUCCCAUCGGUUCUUCCCGAUGUAGGAUUUAAUGAAAACUUCGUCGCCAAUAUUGAAGCUCCGGAUAUUUGGAUUUUGACUGUUCCCAUCCACUAAUUUGGAUGGCAACAUGGCAUUGAAAACGGUCCGAUUACGCCUUCCGAGCAUGGCUUUGGCAGAGGACUUACCAUACGGAACAUUUGGGUUCGGAGUGGCUCUGUAGGAUGUUAAAAAUUUGCGACUACUUGUCCAGUGGUCCCUUCGCCUCCUCCUUUCAGUAGUGCUCGUUUGAAGGUGCCCACGAAGCGUUCUGCCUGUCCGUUCGAUUGCGGAUGAUAGGGCGGAGAAAGAAGAUGAGUUAUUUCAUUUAUGCUACAGAAAUGCCUAAACGAUUCUGCGGCGAAUUGCGAGCCGUUAU